GCGGCAAACAAGACGCAAGUGAAGCAACAACUGAUUUGAGGCAGGCAGGACCAGCCAAGCAUUUCCACCAACACCGACCUUGCUUGCACAACACACCAAAGAAGGACAAACUGCGAGCCACAUCAUCACAUCACCCACAGCACAUCACCUCACGCCACAUCACCCGCAGCACGUUACCUGCAGCACAACGCCCACAGGACAUCAAUCAACCACAGCGGAAUCAAGGAGAUGAGCGAGACGGAUGCCAAGCGAGCCAAGCGGCCGUUGGUCGUUGGUGGUGUUCCAGAGCACUUCAACUACCCAUGGCGGAUGGCACAGGAGCGCGGCAUCUUCAAGCGCUGCGGCGUCGAGGUUGACUUUCGGGAGCAGAAGCUGGGCACGGGGGCCAUGGUGUCAGCAGCCAAGGACGGCAGCCUGGACCUCAUCAUUGCCCUCACAGAAGGCCUCGUCGCAGACAUUGCCAGCGGCUCCGACCUUCGACUUCUCGGCACAUACGUGGGGUCGCCGCUCACGUGGGCCAUCUCCACCGGGAACAAGUCGUCCAUCAACAGCGUGGAGGAUCUGCGCAAGGGCAAGUUUGGCGUCAGCCGCAUCGGCAGUGGCUCCCAGCUCAUGGCCUACGUCCUCGCCAUCCAACGCGGUUGGAACCCGGAAGAAAUCUCGUUUGAGGUGAAGGGCGACAUCAACCAGCUGUGCACGGGCGUGGAUGACCUGUCCACCGAUGCGUUUCUCUGGGAAACAUUCACCACCAAGCCGUACCAUGACGCAGGGACUGUGCGGCGGAUUGGAGACAUCACCACGCCGUGGCCGUGCUUCAUGAUUGCCGCCCGGCAGUCUGUCAUCGACGAGCGCUUGCCUGAGAUCCAAGCGUGUUUGGCAGCGGUUCAUGAGGCAGCACAGCUCUUCCACACGGAAACAGAGGCCAUGCCACCUCUCAUCGCCAAGCACUACGGUCUGAAGCAAGAGGACGCCAAGGCGUGGUACGAAGGCGUGGACAUUGUUGCCAACCGCUUCAUCUCAGAGGCCGCCUUGGAGAAGGCCGUGCAGGCAUUGCAGGUGUGCAAGCGCCUGCCGCCAGAUGAACACGUGGACGUCAGCAAGCUCCUCGACACGCGCGUUGCGGAGCUCAAGCGCGACCUGCGGUCCAUGAAACUCUAUGACCGUUCAGAACUGGUGGUGUCCCUGUACAAGCAGCUAGCCGCCAACGGGCUGAGCACGGGUCCGCUCAAGUACACAGACCUAAUCCCUUUUGACCAGCACCACUACCACGGCACCGCAGCCGUCGACGACGUCAUUGCAAAGUGCCACAUCUCUGAGCGCAGCCGCGUCAUCAACAUCGGGUCUGGACUCGGAGGACCAAGCCGCUACAUGGCCGCAACCACGGGCUGUUUGGUGCUGGCGUGCGAGAUUCAGGAAGAUCUCAGCAGGACAGCAAUGGAGAUGACGAGCAGGUGUGGCAUGACCAGCAAAGUGCAUCACAUGACGGGCGACUUUAUGCCGCUGUCCCAGCACCUGCAGCGCAGCGGCUACGACGCCGUUGUCUCGUGGCUGACCGUGCUCCACUUUCAAGAUCGGCUCAGCCUCUUCCGUCAGUGCCACGAGCUGCUGCGCCCCGGCGGGUUUUUCUUCGCCGCCGACUUUUUCGCUCGUGGCGCACUCACCGCCGAAGAGAAGCAGACACUUGCGGAUGAGGUUGGCUGCGAAACACUCGCUGCCUCUCUCGAAGACUACAAGCACGAGCUCGAACUCGCUGGCUUCAAGGUGACGACGCUUGAGGACAUGUCUGAGGACUGGACGGCGUACACACGCGAGCGCGUCAAUGCCCUCACUGCAAAGCGCAAGGAGACGGGUGCCAUUGUUGGUCAGGACGUGUUUGACCGCAUGCUUCGCUUCUACUCCACUGUGGCCGACCUGUACAAGGGAGGAAACCUUGGCGGCCUUCAAGUCGUGGCCCAGAAGCCGCUUGGCUGGUAACCUCACGCCCCCCCCCCUUGUCACACGGCUGUUACACUGCACGGCUGGCAAACUGCGCAAUACAUAAGGCACACAUCCUCCGCCACACCCACUUUUUCUCUGGUUCGUGUCAUGCGUCUCUCCCUUGUUUCCCUCACUCAGUGCGUGUGCCCACUCGGUCUGAACCCUGCCACUCUGCAUGUCUCAUCUCCCCUGUGAUGUUAAACUUCCUCCUUCCCCCUUGCACUUUGCCCCCCUCUCCCGCCACACGCAACGGUGGCAAUGCCUGUGGUCUGGUCACAAGAUAAAAACGCAGCCGUUUACACGUCUCAGGAGCGACCCCACAAAUACAAGCCUUCGCACCAUGAAACGCACCCAUGCAGCUCGCAUUCAUGGCAUGUCAUAUCGCUCCAAUACACUCGUCACUGCGCCA